GUAUUUCUGUAUUCAUUUUUACACAUAUAUGCAAUUUACAGUACUCUUAACAACUCUGUUAACUUACAAAGAAUAAAAAGGUUUUGCAGCCAAGAGUUGGAAUGGAAACAGUUUCUGAGAUAGAGAUCAAAUUGUGUUUAUAGACACCAUUAUUGGCAGAUUUACUGUCAGUCAUUUCCUGUGGGAAUAUUUCACUGGGACAUAAUUUUAUGCCUUGAUUAUUCAUUAAAUAGCCUUUACUCCAUGGAACAGAAAUACCUAGAAUUAUAAAUAGUAAUGCAUGCAAAUUAUAGUUUAACAUUUCACACUAUUUUACUAGAUGAGGAUUAAAAUUAUUUAAUAAACGAUUUCUUAUUUAUUACUGAAAUAAUUUUAAAAUGACACUAAUACAAUAUGGACUAGUGGAGAGAGGCAACAGACUGGAAAUGGAAGCCGUUUGUUUCCUCUAAACUAAAACUGACAUUAAUUUAAAAAUAUUUAUCACAUACAUAUAUAAGAUGCUAUACUUCUACUCUGUGGAGAAUACCAAAGCCCAUUAUAAAUAGUCUCUGCCCUUAAGGAGCUUAUGAAUUUCCUUGUACCAGAGAUAAGGCAUGCUUUGUAUAAAACAAAACCCAAUAAAUAUACUAUGACUGGGUAUGACUAAAGUACUCUUGGAGUUGGGAAGGAUGAGAGAUCAUGUCUCUCUGGAAUAUCAGAGAUGACUUCAGAGAGAAAACAGUUGAGUGGAGUCUUAAAAAGAUGGAUAAGAUUUCUGCAAAUAGACAUGCAAGUAAAAUUAUUCUAGGAGGCAGAGACUAGGUACUAAAGAAGGUGGUAUAUAUAUCAAACCACAUUUCGAGACUGAAGACUUUGGUGGGGAAAGAAAAACUUACAUAAACAUAGUUGGAAAUGGGGUUAGAACUAUUUCUUCUUUUUUUUUAAGUAAUCUCUAUGCUCAACGUGGGGCGUGGGGCUCCAACCCACCACACUGAGAGUUCCAUGUUCUAUGGACUGAGCCAGCCAGGUGCCCCAGGACUAAAUGCUAUUAUUUAGUUAUGCAAGCAUUCAUUUAUUCGACAAACAUUUCUUGAGUUCUUAUUAUGUGCAGGUACUGUGCUGGGAGUUAGGAGUACACUCAUGAGCUGCUCAGACAAAGGCCCUUUCUAAUAUGUAAACAUUAAAAAAUGUAACUGAAAUCAGGGGUGAUAGCAACCCUGAUUCUUCCCGAUCAGGGAUAGGUCCAUUCAUCUGUGGCAACUCAAGGUACUCGGAGUUAACACAGAAUACAGGAUUUAAUGUUUUUGAGAGAGAAUUGGUAUUUCCAAAUAAAGUUGUUUCCCAAUUUCAACCCAAUCGUUUCUCAACCAAGUUUAAUUAAAAUGCAGCGUUAGCAGGGUGAUGGGGGGGGGCACUAUUUUUGGUUGAUAAUCAGAACUGUGUUAGCAUGCAUUCAUUAAAAAAAGAAAAAUAGGGACACACGUGUGGCGAUAUUUUGGACAAAAGGAUUCUUCUUAACUGAAUUUCGCUGCAAAUUUCCUUUAAAUAGCUAGCUCCCGGGGUCAUUAAAAUGAUUUGGAACGUUUCUAGAACACAUUACACUAAGUGAGAUACACCUGUACUCACACCGGGUCCGUCAAACCCAUCCUUGUUUUCUCUCAAGCUAGAACUUGCUGUAAUAGACACGCCUCGUGCACUGGUGGCAAUGGGGAGGGAGGGUGGUGAAGGCGACGGGGUGGCAGCUAGGAGAGCACUUUCCCUUUCUCCAAAACUUUGCAGGCUUCCAGCCCAGACUCACCUUCCUGCUCGUUCUUUUUCUGCCUCACCUCUGUUACCCCCCUUCCCCAACGCUCCGACCGUAGCGCGCUCCGUGCGCUUCCCCUUGCCUCCGCGCGUCUACUUUAGCUCACGCUCGCAGGCCUCCCUGCCCUGCCCUCCGCCCCGCCGCACGCCGAGCGCCGCGCGCCCACCCAGGGAACGCAGCGCAGCCGCCCGCAGACUGCGCGUCCCGUCGCGGCCCGAGGCUCCGGGGCAUGCGCUCUGCGGCGCCGCCGCCCUCCCCCACCCCUUCCCGCGGCAGAGUUAUGCCAAGUAUGUGAGGAGCCCGCGAGGGCCAGCGCCGGUCAUGGGGAGCCGCCGUCGUCGCCGCCGCCGCCUCCGCGAGCGGAGAUUUUUCCCCAACAGGGCUCCGUCCUCCUCUCGCAGCGGGGGCGAGCCUGGCUGUUGAGGCGGAGGGGAUGGCGGACCCUCUGAGGAGGACGCUGUCCAGGCUCCGUGGGAGGCGGAGUCCCCGCGCCGCCGGGGGGCUCGGGCUCCGGGCGGCGGCUGCAGCUACGGUGGCGGCCUCCGCGGUAGCCGAGGGAGCCCCGGACGCCUCCUCGUGCGAGCACGCCGGCGGAGCCCGGCCGAGCCUGGAGCGGCCCCCGCCGUCGCCUCAGGCGUGGGGCCCCGAGGCUCGGGUCCCGGGAGGGCGCCCGGACUGGUGGGGAGCGCUCGGGCCUCGGCCGCGCGGCGGGAAGGAGGCCGUCUCUUCGGGUGGCGGGCUCACUCGCGCCUCUCUGCGCGCCCCGCCGGGCUCCGAAGGCAGUGGAGAGGACGACGACGAGCAGGAGGACGACGCCGACUACUAUGAGAACGUGCCCGGCGGCUCCCAGUCGGCGCCCGAGCCCGAGGGGGCGGAGGCGGAGCGGUGGCCCCCGCCUCCCCCGGCGGCGGGCUCCUCCCCGGGGGCGGAGGGCGGCCGCCUGGAGACAGGCAGGCUGCAGACCCAGUUGCGAGAGGCCUAUUAUCUGCUGAUCCAGGCCAUGCACGACCUGCCCCCUGACUCGGGCGCGCGGCGGGACGACAGGGGUUGGGCGGAUCGCGGCUGCCUUGUGGGAGCCCGGGCUCUGGGCCAGCCGCCUUCCCCCUGCGGCGCUGCGGACCGCCGAGCCUGCCCCCGAGACUGGCAGCGGGGAGGCGGUGGCCGCCCUUGGCAGCAGGUGUCUCCGCCCCGGUCUCCUCCGAGGGAGUCGGGGGGAGGCCGCCUGCGGACUCCUCGGAUGCGGCUGUCCUGCAGCAGAAGCCUCGAGAGCCUCCGGGUGGGUGCCAAGCCUCCUUCUUUCCAGCGGUGGCCGAGCGACAGCUGGAUCAGGUGCGGCGCGCGCGGGGACCUGGACGAGCCCCCGCCACGUGGAGGCGGGAUGGACGGCUGGAGCGGAGGCAGCGCCCCGGCCGCGUCCCCCUCCGGCCUCCGGCCUCCCUGCUCCAAGGACCCCGGCCACUCCACGGGAAGCCCCUUCAGGGAUCCUGCGGGGUCAGCUGUGGCACGCAGCCGCAAAGGAGAUGGCCAGGAGGGGCUUCCCUUCCUCAAGCCUCCUGCGGUGACAGUCAAGAAGCUGCAGAAGUGGAUGUACAAAGGACGUCUGCUGUCCCUGGGAAUGAAGGGUCGCUCCCGUGGGACAUCCCCCAAAAUCUCUGGAGCGCAGGCGAAUCCUCCAAAUCUGGGCGCCUUGAAAAUGCGUGAAAGCCAAGUCCUCUCCGUGCCUCCAGACCAAAGAAUUACGCUAACAGAUUUAUUUGAAAAUGUCUAUGGAUCUUCAGUGAAGAGAAGAGAACUUGAAGAUCUGAAGGAUAAUAUUGGAAUCAGAGGUCAUAAGCCACUUAACAGCAUCACUGUGUCAAAGAAACGCAAUUGGCUAUAUCAGAGUACUCUGAGAUCUUUUAACCUGGAAGAAGAAAAUAAGAAAUGCCAAGACAUAAGUCAUUUAUCCAUCUCACCUAAACAUCAGUUAUCACGACCCUUCCUCAAAUCAUCUGAAGAAUAUUGUACAUAUGUGGUGUGUAAUGCUACAAAUUCUUCAUUAUCAAAAAAUUGUUCUUUAGAUUUUAAUGAGGAAAAUGAUGCAGAUGAUGAAGGAGAAAUAUGGUACAAUCCCAUUCCUGAGGAUGAUGACUUUGGUAUAUCAAGUGCCUUGAGUUUUGGUGAGGCAGACCCUGCUGUUCUGAAGUUUCCUGCUGUUAGUUUGAGAGUAUUGUCUGGUCCAGACCUAAUGAAAGCAGAACAGUACACUGAAGGCUUGCUGUACUCUUCAGAACACAGAGGCAAGGUUCAUACAUCACAGUCAAAUGAAGUGAAUCCUGUUGAGUCCAUCCACUCCACAGAGCUCGUGCGGCAGUACAAGCAAGGGUUUGGACACAAGACACAAGAAAGAAUAAUGGUAGAGGAGAGUCUCAUGUUGAAAUCUCCUUUUGCAGGUCCUGGGAUCCUAGGUGCUACAAAUAAGACUGAAUUGGGAGCUACCGAAUUAUCUUCUCCAAGCCCUAGCCCUGUGAAAAAAAGCAGUUCAAUUAACUGGUCUUUCCCAGAUAAAAUAAAAUCUCCACGAACUGUGAGGAAACUUUCCAUGAAAAUGAAAAGGUUGCCAGAACUUAGCCGAAAACUGAGCGUUAAAGGAACUUUGAAUUACAUGAACAAUCCAGAUAAUACUCCUUCCUUGUCUAAAUGUACCUGUCGAGAAAUUCAUCAUGCCAAUAUUCUACCUUCUGGGAACACAACCACAGCUGCUAAGAGGAAUGUCAUAAGUCGGUACCAUCUGGAUACCAGUGUAUCUUCUCAGCACAGCUACCAGAAGAAAACAUCUGUGAGUUCCAAGUAUUCCUGCAAAGGUGGUUACCUCAGUGAUGGAGAUUCACCUGAACUUAUAACUAAAUCUAGCAAACAUGGAUCUGACAACAAAUUUGGAAAGGGAAAAGAAAUAAUUCCAAGUAGUUGCAGCAAGAGUGAAAUAGACAUUGAUGCUUUUAGACAUUAUAGUUUUUCUGAUCAACCUAAGUGUUCUCAGUACAUAUCUGGGCUCAUGAGUGUGCAUUUCUAUGGUGCUGAGGAUUUAAAACCACCUCGGAUAGAUUCAAAAGAUGUCUUUUGUGCAAUUCAGGUAGAUUCAGUAAACAAAGCAAGAACAGCUUUGCUCACAUGUCGGACAACAUUUUUAGACAUGGAUCAUACUUUCAACAUAGAAAUUGAAAAUGCGCAGCAUUUGAAAUUAGUAGUAUUCAGUUGGGAACCAACUCCAAGAAAAAAUCGAGUGUGUUGUCACGGAACUGUUGUUCUCCCCACCUUAUUCCGAGUGACAAAGACACAUCAGUUGGCUGUCAAACUUGAGCCUAGAGGUCUUAUUUAUGUGAAAGUGACUCUUCUUGAACAGUGGGAUAAUUCUCUUCCUGGACUGGCUAUAAAUCGAGAACCAGUAAUAUUUGGUGUUGAUAUUCGAAAAGUUGUAGAGAAAGAAAAUACAGGACUGAUGGUGCCACUUCUGAUACAAAAAUGUAUUAUGGAAAUUGAAAAGAGAGGCUGUCAGGUAGUAGGCCUGUACCGAUUAUGUGGUUCGGCAGCAGUCAAGAAAGAACUUCGAGAGGCUUUUGAGAGAGAUAGCAAAGCUGUUGGUCUGUGUGAAAACCAUUACCCAGAUAUAAAUGUAAUAACAGGUGUUCUUAAGGACUAUCUAAGAGAACUUCCUUCUCCUCUGAUAACCAAGCAGCUUUAUGAGGCUGUAAUAGACGCAAUGGCAAAAAAUCCUUUGAAAAUGUCAUCAAGUGGAUGUGAGAAUGACCCAAGUGACUCUAAGUAUACUGUUGGCCUGCUUGAUUGUCUGCCUGAUGUUGAGAGGGCAACCCUAAAGAUGUUGCUGGAUCAUUUGAAAUUGGUGGCUUCUUAUCAUGAAGUGAAUAAGAUGACGUGCCAGAACCUGGCUGUGUGCUUCGGACCGGUGUUAUUAAGUCAGAAGCAAGACACUAACCAUAACAACAGAGUCUUUACUGAUUCAGAAGAACUUGCAAGUGCUUUGGAUUUCAAAAAACAUAUUGAAGUUCUUCAUUAUUUACUUCAACUCUGGCCAGCGCAACGUUUAACUGUCAAAGAAUCAACAGAUAAUUUGUUCCCAGAGCAGAAGUCUUCUCUAAGUUAUUUGAGGAGGAAGAAAGAACGACCUUGCAUGUUAAAUUUGAGUGGUACUGAUUCAUCAAGAAUACUUAGACCGAGGCAAACCAGAUUAGACAGUCCAGUUAGCAAUCGGUAUGCAGGCGACUGGAGCAGCUGUGGAGAAAACUACUUUUUAAAUACAAAAGAAAAUUUAAAUGACGUAGAUUAUGAUGAUGUCCCUUCAGAAGACAGAGAAAACGGAGAAAAUUGUAGCAAAAUGUAUGGGCCAGAUAUAAUGAUUGAACAGCCAGUACCCUUGUCCGAAGAGUACACAUUUCAGACGUAUUUGACAAUGCAGACAAUUGAGUCUACAGUGGACCGAAAAGUCAAUCUCAAAGACCUACAGGAAAGUAUUGAUACUUUGAUUGGAAAUCUGGAGCGUGAACUCAACAAAAACAAGCUUAAUAUGAAUGUUUGAGAUUGAGAGGUUUUAUUUGCUUUUUUGUAAUGUUUUAAAUUUUAAAUCAAUCUUUCUCAUUUUCUUAUACCUCUCACAAUGGUUUUAUUUUUUUACUUUUAAAAAUUCCAUUAAUUUCUAAUAAGUUCAUGUGAUUCCAUUAAAAACGCUAUCAUUAAUACAAUUUUUACUUAUCUCAAUAGAAAAUUUUUCUUGGGGCAAAGAUAACUUGGACUUGUGGAUAUUUUAACAAGUAUGGCCAAUUCUGUGGAGAUGACUUUUAAAUGCACUUACAAGGUUCGGAUAAGUUAUUGGCCCCUCAUGGUUUUUGUACUUUAUAGGAACUGCUCUUUUGUAGCUGAAACAGGUGUUUCUUUCAGAGGAACGUGGUAGCUGCUCCGUCUGGUUUGCAGUGUGAGCCCAUGUACACUGCAGCAUCCUUUGAUCAUAUUUCAUUUGCAAUGCAAAUGCUGCUCUAAAAAAACUUUUUAUAAAUAAAAGUAAAAUUAUACAAAUAUUAAUGUAUUCUUAUUAGUGUUCAGUAAUUAUUUAAGCUUAUGAAAACUAAAUAUUUUUAUAAACCUGAAACGUGUAUAUUUAUAAGUGCAUAUAUGGAUAGAUGUUAGAAUGAGAGGAGGCAUGGGCUGCAGAAUCACAUGUAUCUUUAAAGUAUAUAUGUCAUGAGGCCAAAAUUAUUAGCUUCAUUGUCUUUUUCAGGGAAAGAAUAUUUAAGUUAAAGGAGGAGUUCUGUAGAAACACUUGAACCAAAACACUAGAAGCUUCUGAAUAGAAAUAAUAGACUUUCUUUUUUUUAUUCACAGAAAGUCACAGUAUCCCUAGUGAGAAGUCAUCUUUUAAAUUGAAAUUCUCUAACUUCUUAAGGGAUUAAGUGCCCAGAUUUCUGCACUAGUGAUUUACACUUCAAAAAUCUUUACCUAUUCUAUGCAUUUUUAUGUUCUGCUUUUUUAAAACAGAGUAAUUGUGCUUUAAAUGUAUUAUUUAUUUGUAGUAGUACAUUGAUAACAUUGACUUUAUAAUUGCCCUCAUAUGUAUCUAAAGAAAUCUUGCCGGCAUAGUCCAUGUUAUUGAUUUUUUAAAAUAACUUAUUUUGGCUAAGUGUAUCUACCAGAUAGGCAUUAUAGCAGUCACAGCAGUGUUUGAAAAAUGUAAAUUUAGAAGACUUUUUAUUAAAUUGGAAUGUAUUUUUUUAAACUUUUAUACCCACAGAACAUGUAAUUUUAAAAUUAUAAAUAAAAUUUGAAUUACCAACUUAAAGAUGUAGCAGCCAGUAGAAAACACUUCUUGAUGUUUUUCUAAAUAUUAAAGUAUUUAACUAUUUCUAUGUUAAAUAUACACUGAUAAACAGAACACCUUGUUAUUUAAUUUGAAAACUCAAUUGUUAAAAAGCCAGAUAAAUAAUUAUUUUUAUAUGAAAAUUUCAUUUUUUAAAGCUUUGUAUAACAAUUCAGAAGAAUACCAAAAGAAUUUGUGACAGGUAUAUAUCUAGAGUAAACAGUCAAAAGAAAUGUACUUUAAAUGUUUUAUAGGAAGACUUUGUUUGCUAUAUCAUGUAUAUUGUAUGAAUUGAAUAAGUUGUUCCAGAAAUAUAAAAGUUUUAUUAAAGAAUUAUAACCUUGGUGUCAUGCUA